AUGGCCGAUACUGCCCCAAAAGUCGCUGCAGAGGAGCGACGCGAGUCCCUCGCUGUCGUCGAUCGGAAAGCCGAGGUCCUAGCAAAGCAAAUCAAGAAGAGCAAGCAUUUCAUCGUGUUCACGGGUGCGGGAAUUCCUGACUUCCGUGGUCCUGAUGGGAACUGGACUCUCCGGGCCCAAGGCAAGCCGCGCACCAAGCAUGCGAACACUCUCCAGGCGAUUCCAACGUUAUCACAUAUGGCACUGGUAGAGCUACAGAACCGUGGUAUUCUGAAACUCCUUGUCAGUCAGAAUUGUGAUGGGCUUCACCGGCGAAGUGGUAUCUUGCCUGUAUGUGGCCCCCUUGCUCCCUCGAUUCAGCAGGAGCAGCGCCUGGUGCUAACCCCUUUUAAGGAGAGAAUUGCCGAAUUGCAUGGGAAUAGCAACCGUGAGGCCUGCAAUAAUUGCAACAAGGAGUACAUUCGAGAUUUCCGUGCCGUCUCAACCUACGAGAACGGUAUCCACGACCACCGAACAGGUCGCAAAUGUGCCCGUUGUGGCGGGGCUCUAAUCGACAGUAUCAUCAACUUCGGCGAGAAUCUCCCAAAGCGAGAUUUAGAUCUGGCUUAUCAACAUGCGGAGCUGGCCGAUCUCUGCCUCGUGCUAGGCUCCUCCGUGACAGUCACACCAGCCUGCAAGAUCCCCACUAUAGUCGGAGAGCGCAAAGGCGCGAAACUCGCUGUAUGCAAUCUACAAAAGACACCAGUUGACGACAUCACCGACUAUCGAAUCUUUACUGAAACAGACAUUCUCAUGGCCAAGCUUAUGGAGAAGCUGACCCUGCCAAUUCCGCCCUUCAUACUACGACGACGUCUCAUAGUCAAGUUUGAAACACAGGAAGAAGAUAGGCAUAAAUUGGAAGUCACCGGGGUUGACAGCGAUGGAACACCCGUGACGUUUCUCCAGUCUGUUAGGCUUGAAGGGAGUCGACGUGUUGCUCGCGCGGAGCCAUAUAUAAUUCACGUUCGCGACGCGUUGCAGCCCGGCGAGAACUUGACAUUGGACCUCGAGUUUAUGGGCCACUUCAAUGAGCCCAAUAUCGAGCUUGCUCACCUGUAUAAUGGCAACGAAGAGGUUCUCUAUCUGCUGGAGUAUGAUCCUCAGACUGGAGAGUGGACAGUAGAAAGAAACGAGACUCCUCAACGCACCGUAGAGUACAUAGUCCUGGACCCUUGA